AUGGCACACUCUUUUUCUCCUUCAUGGCUCUCCCUCUCCUUCUUGGUUGUUUUAGUAUUACUUUUUGAAAUUAUUAGAAAAGUUAAGGCAACAGACAUUCUUGACGAUGUUUGUCCCAAGACCAUAAAUCCUCAACUAUGUUUCCAUGUUCUUAAGAAUGACCCUUAUGUUUACAAGGGAGACAUUCACAGCCUUGUCUCCAUUUCUCUUUCUAUAGCACAAGACAAUACCACCUCCACCUACAAUUUAGUUAAGUCCCUUCUUGAACAACCCAUCAAAGAUCCGAAUCUGAAAGCCCAACUCACCAAUUGCUUGAACAAUUACAAAGAUGCAGGUGAUAAACUAGAAAGUUGCAAUGAUUUGUUUAGAAUAGGUGACUAUAGAAAAAUAAGUUUGUUGGCUUCUGCUGCUUUGAAUGAUUCUCGUGCUUGUGACCAAGGUUUUGGGGAACCACCAGCCCAGCUCAAACAACUCAGUCAGACGGUCCAAGAAUUUUCCGAUCUUGUUUCUGUUAUUGCCUAUGAUCUUAAAUAA